AUGGAGCAAUCACCGCAUUCUUCAACGCCUCAGUUUGGCUUCGAUGGCGCCAGCAUUUCUGCACCAGUAUCUCCCAGCAAGCAGCUUGUCGCCAACGCGGCUGCCAGCGAGCCUGUCGAUUACGAUGUCGAGACUGUUGAGCGGGUUUAUCGAAAGAUUGACAGGCGAAUCAUUCCGGCCUUUUGGAUCCUCUACUUCCUCUGCUCCGCCAUUCGCUCCAACAUCGGCAUCGCUCAGACCAUGAAUAUUGACAAGGGUCAUGAUCUUGUCACGGUCCUGGGACUGAGCCCUCGAGAUCUUUCUACCGCACUGGCGCUCUUCUACGUAUCCUACGUCAUUUUCGAUUUUCCAUCCAAUCUAAUCAUGAGCAAGCUUGGCCCUCGCGUUUGGAUGGCCCGCAUCGUCUUCGCUACUAGUCUUGUCGGCGCGUGUUUUGCUGCCGUUCACGAUGCUUGGAGCCUCAAGCUGCUUCGAUUCCUCCUCGGGCUGGUCAUUGCGGGUAUGUGGCCUGGAAUGGCGUUUUAUUUGACGCUCUUCUACCCGCCGUCCCGAACCGCCAAGCGAAUCGGCAUGUAUUUUACCGCUUCUCAAGUCUCUGCUGCCGUCGUGGGUCUCGUGUCCGCUGGAUUCCAACUCAUGGAUGGCACUGCUGGGCUCGAAGGGUUCCGCUGGAUGUUUUUGAUCUACGGCUUGGUCGGUCUGGUUCUUAGUGUGAUCCUCAUUUGGUGGCUGCCUGAUCGGCCACUUGCUCCUGGUCAAACCAGGGAAAAGACUGGCCUGUUCAAGUGGCUUCCCGCAACACCAGAAGCCCUCACUGGCGAGGAUGCGAUUAUCCACUACCAUGACCUCAAGCGUGUCUAUCACUCUCGGCCCUGGGGAAUGAAAGAUCUAGGCCUGGUGCUUUUGGACUGGCGACUCUGGCCUCUGACGCUCAUGUACUUUGGCGUAGUCGGUGUUGGUAUCGGCACACAACUCUACGGCUCAGUCAUCAUUCGCGCCAUUCGCCCUAAUGCUGGUGGCAUUGAAAUUAGCUUGCUCUUUGCCCCUAUCUGGAUUAUGGACCUUAUUGCUAUCCUUCUUGUGACUCCGGUUUCCGAUCGAUUCCACAAGUAUCGCGCCUUCUUCUUUUCCGCUGCCGUCUGCAUCCAAAUUUCGGGACUUCUCAUGACUACCUUUGCUCACGGCUGGGCGCGCUACGGCGGUCUCUUGAUGGUUGGAUUUGGUCUUGGACCAACCGUACCUAUUUGCAUGGCUUGGAGCUCCGAAAUCUUCCAGCGCCGCCAUGGUGAAGUUGGAGUCGCUGCUGCUACCGCGCUGGUUUCUGGCCUGGGUAACCUUGGAAGUGUCACUACUACCUAUGCCUUGUACACAGGUUGGCCGGAAGAUGCCAAGCGUGGACCUCAUCAGUUCCGCAACAGCAAUCUCACUAUGAUUGGAAUUCUUUGCAUGAGCAUCCUCAGCGCCUUCACCAUGGUGGCUUUGCUCAAGCUUCUGGGAAAUUCGCCGAGCAAAAAGCUUUAUGAGUGUGAAUCUGGUAGCGACUUUGAAGAUGGUGCUGCCAGACGCGAGCAGCAGCAACGCGGAUUCGGUCGAUUCGGUCGCAACACGACGUCGCAGGCGUAA